UACAGACCUUCAGUUUACAAGACUGCCGCUCUACCACUCUUGCUCUCUCAAAAGUCAAUUUCGUUAUUUUAUGUAUGAUGUCCUUUCGGGUAUCUGAUGAGGUAUUAUCAUGUUCAGAAUUUUUAUAGUUGAGAUAAGUGAAUUUUAUGUAGCUUUCCCGGAAAGUACCGCUCCGAUUUACCUCUAAAUAAUACGAGAAGAGAAGAGAAGGCAAUCCAGGAAGGAAGGAAUCCUUCAUUUUUGUUUGUUUUGUGAUACAAAAAGAAUGGGGCAACAGCAAUCAAAGCACGAGUUGCUGUAUCAGCAAGUGAAAAACGGCAACAUAGAAGGAAUCAAAAAACUUUGCAGAGAAGGCGCUCGCCUCGAGUGGAUUGAUAAAGAAGGAAAAACACCACUGAUAUUGGCGUGUUUGGAUCCUCAACUCUUUAACGUGGCUAAAACUUUGAUUGAGCUCGGUGCUGAUGUUAAUGCCUAUCGCCCAGGUCGAAAGGGGGGGAAUCCCUUGCAUCAUGCGGCAAAAAAAGGUCUUGAAAAUACUGUCAAGUUACUUCUUUCACAUGGAGCAAAUGCAUUAAUGACGAAUGAUGAUUGUCAAACUCCUCUAGAAGUUGCUAGGGCAAAAGGGUACGGCAAUGUUGUCCGGGCAAUUGAGAGUCAUAUUUGCCUAUUCUCUGGUUGGUUGCGGGAGUUUUAUGGACCUGGAUUUCUAGAAGUAUUGGCACCUCGGUUGGUUUCAAGAAACAUAUGGGCUGUUGUUUUACCUAUUGGUUCCCGUAAUCCUGGAAUGCCUUGCAAGUUCGAACUUGCCAUUUAUUCUAGUUUGAAGGAUGUUAAACCACGCACGAUAAUUGCAUUGUGGAAAGCAAAUCUGGAAGAACCGAAGUUUCACCGCUCCGAUCCUACUGUGAUGAUUGCUGACAACUCCACUAAAACACGCAUUAAACUCGCUCCUGCAAAUGAAAGAGACAAGCAACAGCUUCAGUGGUUUUGUGAUGCAUGCAAAGGAAUACCACAGGUAAUGCAUCCUCUAGAAUUUCUGUCCAGAUCUCAGAAUCUGGUUGUUCAAGCAACUGCUCCACCAUCGGAUGAAGAUCCAGAGAUAGCAAUGGCAGUAAAUGCCUCCAUUCAGUCUGCCAUGGCAGAGCAACCUAUUUUUGAUACCCACUCUAGCACUGGAGCAAGUUCAUCCUCUAGCUGGAAUUGCCCUGUUAAUGAUGGCGGUCAAGGUGCUAUGGAUGUGCCAGCAACACCUCCUCCAAAAACAACUAGCAGCGGAUGGGCACCUUAUGAAAGUGUAUCUAGUGGCAGCUCAACUCAGCAAACCAAGAUCUUGAAUAGCAGCGUUGCUGAUGUCCAGAUAGCAACUGAUGCCCAAGAUUCAGUCCCAUCAGCUCCACCCAUUGUAGAUGAGCUUAUAGACGAUUGUCUCAUUCACUAUCCAUCAAUUGAUUCCAGCCCCCUUGAUUUUUCUUCCCUGCCCCUUGAGAAUUUACCAGAAAACACAGGUGAAAAGAAAGAAGAUGGAGGUUCAUCAUCAUGUGUAAUAUGUUUAGAUGCUCUAGUUGAGGGAGCUUGCAUUCCAUGUGGCCACAUGGUUGGAUGUAUGUCUUGUUUGAAGGAAAUCAAAGCCAAGGAAUGGGGUUGCCCUGUGUGUCGUGCCACAAUUAACCAGGUUGUAAGGCUCUAUGCUGUUUGAUUCUUGCUGAAGAAUGAAGGUAUAAAUGUAGCAUCACUGAAAUCCCCUACAGUUUGAAGCUAAUCAUCCUCCUUCCGCCGAUGUAGAUCUUACACUUGCUACAUUUUAGGAAUUGGAAUUAUUCUCUCAGUAUCUAAGUCACACAAGUAAAUGCUCUCAAAACUGUUAGGAAGUGGUUGCAUUUUCUUUGGGAAUAGCUUGAUACUAGUUUUUUGGGAGUCUAGUGAUUUACUGUGUGACUACAUGGGAGCCUAUUGAUCUCCGCAUAAAUUUUAAUGUAGGAUCCUGAUGAGAGUAAAAUUUACUAGAAACAAAAAUGCUAAAUUGCUGGCAACCAUUU